GAUUAAGAUUGAGACAAAGACAAAGACAAAGUUGAAAAAUGUAGACUCAUUGUUUCAAAAACAGACUAUUCAAGACUUAGAUCUUACAUCUCAUGGGCUAUGAUGAUCGUGUCUUAAAACAUAGAUUGUAUUUGGUCAAUUUUCUUUCUCAGAACAAAUUAGAAAGAGAAAAUGAGGAAUCUUUAGAAGCACUUAACAGAAAAUUACUUCAAGCUGAAGAGGAAAUAGAAAAUCUUAAAAAAGUGGAGCCUUUGUUGAGAAAAGAGCUUGACACAUGUCAAGAGGAGAAAAGAAGGCUUGUCAAACAAGUUGAUAGCCUCGAGCUUGCACUUCAGAUCAAAGCAGAUGAAGUGGCUGAGCUUAAAGCGAAGCUUGAGGCUGAAAUAAAGGGACGGCUAGAAGAACAACAUCACCAUGAACAGGUCUGGGAAAAGAAAUUAUAUGCACAGUUUGUUGAAUAUACCGGUAUCCAGUAUUUAUAUAUAUCUGCUGUAAUUAAGUUUAAAUUGGACAUCAGAAGAAAUUGCUGCUUGGUAAACAAAACAUGGUGGCUCUAUACCUUUCUCAUUGUGUCAUAUUCACCAUAAAAAUAGGUAGUAGUGGUAGGAACAAUCAGCAUCCAGAGUGUUUCCAUGACACACCUCUCCAUGAGCCACUCUGGAUUUACACAUUUGAGCCCUUAGCCCUCUCCUAUAGAUAGCAAAAUACACUCCAACAUGGGGUUUUUGGAGAGGGGCAAUGAAAUUCAAAUACAAUACACAGAAGUACAUGUAUGUCUACUCUGGAAACAGGCAAAACAAAGUCCAUUGUCAGAGAACAGAGUCCAUUUUCUGUAAAGAAAAGAAAAAAUGCUAUCCGCUUCCUGUUUUUCCCCUUCUACAUUCUCUUCUCUCAUAUAAUAUCCAUCAGUGUGCUUUUCAUUAAAGCAUUUGCACAUGCUAUACAUGAGCUUCCUCCAUUCAGGCCGGUUGUCUACAGUUUUUCUCCAGUGGUAUCAAU